CCGGACUCUGGCGCCGGUCGCUGAGGCGCGGGGCGGCCCCGGCGCGGGCAGCUCCCAGAGAUUGCCUGAGAUGCUGAGGUUUCGAAGCUGAGCACUACAUGCUGGAUUACAGAGCUGCUCACCUUGGCUCAUGUGCAAUAUCAUGGGGAAACUGCAGAGUAAAAUCAACUGCAGCACCUCCAAAUACAGGCCUGAUGAUUAUGUAGAAGACGACAGUCCUGCCCAGGCUGUUCAGCAAUACAUCCCUGCUCACACUGACGCCGUCACUUCUGUGGCUGCUCUAACAUCGGAUCUCUGUGUGUCGGGAGGAAAUGACAAGACUGUAGUCGUGUAUAACUGGAGAUCGGGAGCAGUGCUGAAGAGGUUCGUGGGACAUCAACGUGAAGUGACUAAGGUGGCCUGUGUCUUUGAAUCCAACAGUUUUUUCAGCGCCUCCCGUGACAAGACAGUCAUGAUGUGGGAGCUACACAGGAACUCGGGGCCAAGCCAGCACUUCCCAGGACAUGACUUGGUUGUAACUGGACUGGCGGUGAGCCCAGACUCUUUACAGCUGUGCACAGGUUCAAGGGACAACACCAUGUGCAAGUGGGACAUAGAGACCGGGGAGUGUCUGCGCAGAGCUGCCAUCUCCAGGAAUCUGGUAACACACCUGUGCUGGGUUCCUGCAGAGCCGUUUGUCAUCCAGACGUCAGAGGAUAAAACAAUCAGGAUCUGGGACAGCCGGGAGCUGCAGGUGGCCCAUACGUUCCCAGUAAAGCAGUAUAUUCAGACCUACUGCGAUGUAAGCCAGGACGGCCGGUACUGCAUCAGCAGCAGCAAUGGCUUUGGUGGGGAGGGCUGCGAAGCCACACUGUGGGACCUAAGGCAGACAAGAAGCCAAGUGCGUGAGUACAAGGGGCAUUUCCAAACCACUACAUCCUGUGUCUUCCUUCCCAAGGGUCUAGGUCUGACCCCAGUCGUUGCCACUUCAUCACAUGACUGCAUGGUGAAGGUCUGGAACCAAGACAACGGAGCUUGUCUGGCCACCGUGUGCCUUGAUGGAUCUGGACCCCUUGCUUCCCUGGCUGUCUGUGACAGCUCCACGCUUCUCUGUGCCAGCUUCAACUCAGGAAUUCACUUACUCAGGAUAAACAGCAUUAAAGGGCUGGAGCUCCAGGAGGUGGCAACAUUCUGAUUCAUAGUGACCCUCUCUGCCCCAGACCAUCAUGGUCAAAAUCCAAAGCGGGAACCGCCUCUCUGGUAAACAAGGCUCUCAGUCGCUGGUAUUCAUUUCCCGGCUGACUAGGUUUAAUGGCCAGGCACCUGUAACGUCCCUAGCCCCAAAGCAGCAACAAUGCAGAGCCAGGAGGGUCAUCAGGUUCCAGUUUCUGAGAUUAUGGAAACUAGCUGCAUCCAUUUUUAAAGCCAAGUCCUAGAUGCAUUUAGGCCAAAUUUUAACUUGAAAUGAGCCUUGCACAUUUGAUGCACAAAAUCACAAGCGAACUAGUUAUAGGUCUAACAAUUGGUUAGAUGAGAAAGAAAGACACAAGAAGAGACUCUAGUGAAACAGGCUGCCGGCUUACAGGGAAGUGUGUUUCUGGGAACAUCCUGCUGACCACGGUGGGGUAGCCUCCAUUCUGUCGUGCAAGCAUCUAUUCCUUGCUAUGCU